GAAUGGCAUGACAGCCCAAGGUUUACAUUGAUAAAAGAGUUAGUACACAUUAUAUUUAAAUUAUCACACACAUUAAGCUAAAAAUGACAAUCACUGAUCACUUUGCCAUGCUACUGCUGCAGAACUGCCUCCCUCUGUCACUCUUCUGUAUCUCACUCUAUCUUUCCCCCAGGCUACACAGUUUCAUACCUCUCCUCUCCUGUCCUCUGCUCUCCCUGUUACAUUUUCUUGUUACUCUCGUAAAAGCUGCUAGCAUGAAGGUUAUGGACUUAAAUCAACAGCCAAUAGUGUCGUUAUGCAAAUGAGCCUGUGCAGGUGUGCAUUGUGGGAAUUCAUAUGUAUGAGCAUGUGUGCAAGUGCUGUAAAGUUUCAUCUCUAGAAUACAUAGUUGCCUUGUAACAUUUCAAUUUGCAGUGAAAAGACAUUUUCAGUGGCGUAAAAGUGACGAGCUGAAAUUGUUCCAAUUGAUCUUGGGAUUUGUAGUCCUAAACUAAUGUGACUCGAAUCAUGUUGGAAUUAUGUCUAGUGUGACCUCUUUUAACUGAAGAGGUUUGUUCUGAGUUCCAGAUUGUUUGUUUUUAUUGAGGAGAAACCUUGACUGCUGAUGUGGAGAAAUAACAAACCCCAUGGCUCUUCAUCGCCCAGGACGCUUUAAUGGAUCAGCACAUAACAGCAGACUGAUGUACCGGAGGCCCUUUACACAGGAGCGAGCCGCAGUGUGAUGCCGCAGAGAGAUUUUAAACAUGUCUCUGAGUGAUUUGAUAUUAGUUGGGUCUGAUUCGCAGAAGUUAGAGUUUUAUUUAGCUGCAUUUUCCAUCUAAAAGAACUUCUGUAGAAGGUCUUUCUAUAGGAAUCCUGCUUAAACCAGCCUAAACUGAUUUGCUGGUUUUAGCUUAAGAUGGCCCGACCAGAUGUAAAGUGCUGCAAACCCAUAUGAAACCAGGCAACAGAGCAGCCUAGAAGACUAAAUAAGAUGAGCAAACCAAGUAAGGCUUUUUUCCAGAGUAGAAGUGGGUGAUGAUGUGUAGUCUUGUGUUUCUCUAAUUUGGGAGCUCAAGUUAAUGUUCAUUUCUACAGUACAAUGAGAUCAAGACAUCCCAUAAUCAUUUGCUUCAGAGAGGGAACACAGGGUUCCCUGACAGGGUUCAUUCUUCUCUGAUCUUCAGCCUUGUUCCACAGCAUGAACAAUAAUUGACAUUAAGAGUUGCUGCAUUAGAUGUCGACAAAAUCUCAAACAGCAGCGGAUCCGUGCGCCUUCCACAAAUCUUUGAUCUACAUCUCUCUCCUUGGCCCAGUGACGUCUGGACCUUUAGUUUUCAAUGAAACCUGUUCUCGAUUUGAGCAUGUUCUUCGACUCACCUGAAGAUCCAGCAGGAUUUAUCUUCUCUCUGCACUUCAUCUUUGGAGGCACAGACUCCCUCAGAGUUAAUGAGAAAAUCCAAUGUGUUCAGGCAGGGUUCGAGCCUUGACCUUAGGUUUGAAGUCACAUUUUGAAAACUCGCGGUCAACAUGUCUAAGGCCACUGUAAAGAAGCUGCACUGGCGCUCGAAAGUGCAGGAGAGCUUCGUCCCGCUGGGCGGAGCCUCGGGAGAGCUUGGUGUGGCCAUUGGAGGUGGUGCAGAUUAUGGAGAGUUCCCAUUUGUUACAGCAGCACCUGGGGGUGGAGCCACUGUUGGUGACAUCAUCCUAGAGAUCGGCGGUACACCUGUCCUGGGAUUGACCUUAGGAGAUGUGAGAGGGGUUCUGAACUCAUGUCCACAUCCAAUUCGGAUCAAAACCGUAUCACCAGGCUCGACUCUCUGUAAGGAUCUGAGACUUUACCUGAGCAAGUGUUUUACACCCGGAUCCAUGGACAGCCAACUCCAACAGGUCAUACGAGAGAACCUCUACCUGCGCGCCGUGCCCUGUACGACCAGGCAACCACGGGAUGGAGAGAUCUCAGGGGUGGAUUAUAACUUUGUGUCCAUUGAGGAAUUCUUCUCACUGGAAGAGUCUGGAGCCCUGCUGGAAAGUGGGAAGUUUAAAGGGAACUAUUAUGGCACACCUCGGCCAGUCCACAUCGGUCCUGACAGCCCCCCCAUUACAUACCAGGAACAUCGAAAUCUCCUGAGGAACUUCCGUACCCGUAGCAAAUCGCUCAGCAACCUGGAAAAGGCAGUGGAGGAAGGGGACAACAGCGAGGAAGACUCUGGUCUUUCAGCGGGGUCUGCAGGAGCCAGCAGUGCCCCUCCCACCACCAUUGUCUCACCUAAUCAGACUUGGGAUUUAGGCGGUGGGCGGGAUGGAGGGGUUGCCAUGGAGAAUGGAGCACGUGGAGGGGCAUUGCCUGAAAACUGGGAGCUGGCAUUCAGUGACACGGGCGAACCCUAUUACAUCAACCAUAACUCAAAGACCACAAGCUGGCUGGACCCAAGGACUCAGGGCAAAGAGAUUUUCAGCAAGACAGAGUUACCUGCAUUCACAGACCAACCAUCUGAACUGAAGGGCUAUUCCAUACACACCCGCCUGUCGAAAGGGCCUCGUGGGUUUGGCUUUAACAUUGUGGGUGGCAGUAGACCUCGAGAGUUCCUGCAGGUGUACAGCGUCACCCCUGGAGGCCCGUCUGCACUCAAAACAGCGGACAUCCUAGUGUUCAUCAAUGACUCAUGUGUGCUGGGUCUGUCCCAUAAAGAGGUUGUAGAGAUGCUGAAAUCUGUCCCCAUGGGUCACAGCGUGGACGUGGUUCUCCGUCGAGGUUACCCAAUGCUUUACAACCCUGAUGGCUGCCCCAAAACCAGCCUUUCCUCCCCUUCUGACCCAACCAGCGCCAACCCUACAGCCCCUGGGUCUGCUCAAUCCCAGGUCCAACAUCCCGAUGGACACCAGCCUGGCUUGGUGAACCUCAACCGCUCCAUGUCUCACCACAACAACUUCUACCCCCGCAUGCAGAAAGAGUCAUUGGAUGCUAAUGGAAACACAGCACCCCAGCUUUCAUACGCAAUGGCCAAUGGAAAUGGAGUGGGAGGGACUAUAGGGAUGGGGGCGGUGACUUCUUCAAAUGCCCCUCCUCCAUCAGAGCGGAUGAGCUCCAGCCAUAGCGAUACGGAGGUCUGCUCUGUUGUCACGCGCAGAGCUUCCCUCGUCCGAAGCUACAACAACAACACUCUUCCAGCUCUUUCUCACGUCCAUCACAGUUCUAAGUCUUCCAAGAGUGAUCUCUCCUCUGCUGCGCUCCCACUACCCCAGCCUGAGGUGGGUCCUACCGCCCCGCCAGGAGCACCCAGCACCCAGCGGGCUCCAAUGCCCCAAACAUCUCUUGCUGUUGCACCCCCGACCGAGCACCCACCCUGUGGUUUCAACGGGUGUCCAGCCAACAAUCCCCCGCGACCUCUUCCGGGUGGCCUAGGGUCCCCCGGAGCCCCAGGUGGGGUAGGCUGCGGGGGAGGGGGUGAGCUGGUACCUGUGGCCUUGGGCAGGAGUGAGGGAGGGGGUAUGGGUUUCAGUGUGACUGCUGGGGGGCAGGGAGGGCAGCUGGCGGUGGUGAAGAGAGUUUGGGACAGACGACAAUGCCACUCCCUACAGCCAGGGGACGCCAUUAUUAAAAUCAACGGCGCUGAUGUGCAGAGCCUCAGCUUCGCACAGGUGCAGCGAGUGCUGCAAGAACAUACCAAACAGGGUGAGGUGGUCUUACUGGUUUACAGAGGAGGUUCUCUUUGUUCCCCAGGCUCCCCAAAUGCCUAUAAGAGACCUCCUCCCUCCCUGGGCACCCCUGAUCUGACCUCGCCCUCCUCCGAUGGUGCUGUGCCCAGCCAGAGCACCCUCUCUCCCUCCUCACCUUGCGGUGACCUCCCCAACUUGGUCCAAAGCACCAGCUUCCUGGACUCAGUGCCCGUGACCCUGACCCUAGAGCCCCGGGACUGGAUAGGAGUCGAGGACGGACCUGCUCAGUGGAGCCGUACUGCUCCCUCUAAUCUCGGCGCAGUAUCCAAAGGCCAUGUAGACACGAGGGGAGCGAUCUCUUCCAGAGCGAUGGAGGUGGAGUUGAGACGGAGACCAGGAGAAGGAUUCGGGUUUGUCAUCGCAUCCCAGGACGUAAUGAAUGGAACCUCGUCUCUAGUGUCUCACAGGUUUGUGACGGUGCGACGGGGGAGCCCAGCAGCACGCAGUGGUCAGAUCCAGCCGGGGGAUCAGCUGGAGGCGGUGGAGGGCAGAUCAGUGGUCACGCUGCCUCACAGAGACCUCGCACAGAUACUGCGCAGAGCGGGCAACACACUCAGACUCACCAUUAUACCACGCUCUCACACUAACAAUAAUCUACCUGAGUACCCUGACUUUGAUGCUGAGAGUCGGUUAAGAAAAGGGCAUCGGGCUAAGCAAAAGGAUUCCCAGUAUUACAACGUUGAUCUUGAAAGGGGGCCAACAGGGUUUGGUUUUAGUUUGCGAGGUGGAAGCGAGUAUAACAUGGGUCUGUAUGUGCUCGGUCUAAUGGAGGGUGGACCGGCCUCACGCAGUCAGAAAAUGCAGGUGAGUGAUCAGCUCGUGGAGAUUAACGGAGACAGCACAGCUGGGAUGACACACAGCCAGGCCGUGGAGCAGAUCCGAAAGGGAGGAGCCUGGAUACAUCUCAUACUGAAGAAAGGCAAUGGAUACGUACCAGAUUAUGACCAUGAAGCUGGAGCCAUUUCCCCCUCCUCCCUCUUUUCCGAGGAGCCGCGUAUGGCUACAGUGGAUCGCUCCCCUUCAAGGAGCAGCAGAUGGGUGGAUGACAGUGGACGAGAGAAGAGGGAGAGGAGGGGGGAAUCAGCGGGAAGGAGCAGAGGAAAAGGAGCGGAGGAAGGCAGCUCCCGGUCGGCAGGAAGAAGGAGAGAGCAACAGAUGCGUUCACAGAGUUUACCCGGCACGCUGAGGAGCCGAGAGGGGCCACGGAGAGAAAAGAAAGUGGACGACACAUGGGGAGAAAGAAAGGGAGAAGAGGAACGACAACGAGGAAGGCAAAAAAGUAAUAGCAUUGGAGAGAGAAGACGAAAAGUGAAGGAUGCUAGUUCAGAGAGAGAGAACGGUCUCCUAACAGACCGAGAGAAUGAGAGAGGGAGUGUCAGAAGAGAAAAGAGGGAUCACAACAGAACCAGCACAACGGAGGUCACACAGCGCACACCUUUCUCCUUCCUCAUGCCUUUGGACAAUGACGAUGAUGCAGAAUCGGCUCACAGCUUCUCCGAAGUCAGUGUGUCUGCAGCCAGCAUCGCAUUCUCGGGGACUCAGUGGCCCCUGGAUGCCAUCAGCCCUCUACAGGCUCCUGGAUCUCCGACAACACCCCCGGGACCCUGGCUAGUCCCCAGCCCUCACAAACUCUCUCAGGUUUUAGAGGGGAAAAGGCUGAGCCAGAACAAGGGAGGACUGUGGUCCUAAUGCUAUUUCCUUAAAGGGAUAGUUCACCUAAAAACUCAACCUCAUGACGUUCCAAUUCAGUAUGACUAUUUUUUUAGGAAUUUACUUAAUUGUGCUAGUUGCACUUUUUCACUUGUGUGAAUGGUUACUGAAGCUUUUAAGAUUCAAACAAGAUGCAAACGCACCAAAAAUGGUUUAUAUUAUAUUCCAAGUCUUGUGAAGUCAUAUUAUAGCUGUGUGUGAGAAACACACAAACUGGUUCAGGCCUAUUCAAUUUUUGUGAAUCCAAUCAAUUGAUUAAAAAAAUAAUGAUUUAUGGAUCUUUGCUACUUUUAUCAUGAACACUGCAAAGAGAGCUAGAGCAGAUUUCAGUGAAUAAAGGUGCUGUCCUAUUCGCCACUUUUCAGCAAAUUUUCACUGUUGAAAUUGUUAUUUUAAUAGAAAUCCACACUAUCUGGAAUUUAAUGGGAGGCUGAAAGAUUUCCCUAUGUGUAUUUUGCAUCGACUUCAGUUGGUCAGGCAAAUUUGCAGCGUUGACCAACAGAAAUCUGCUUGGUUUGAACGUGAAUUUUGUGAGCUGUGGUUUAUACAAAGCUACACUAUUGAAAUAUACAAUAGACCUUUUUUUGCAUGCAAAAUUUUCACUAAUGUUAUUAUGUGAAUGCACCUUAAAAGGAUAGUCCAUAGGUUAGCCCACCCCCCAUGUCAUUCCAAAUCUGACUUUCUUUACUUCCAUUGUAUAAACAAAAAUGACUACAAAAGGGAAUAGGACCUGAAAUGUUUGGGUUACAAGCCGAAGAAAGAAAGGUUUGGAAUGACUCAAGGGUGAGUAAAUGAUGACAAUUUUCAUUUUUGAGUGGAUUAUCCCUAACAACUUAGAUCUCGGUCUGUUCUAUCACGUGUCAUAUUGACUUUUUAAUGUAACAUUUAAUGUAAUUUAGCUCUCAAUUCAAAUUAACCACUUUUAUGAUUCACAAUCACUUCGAUGAUCCUGCUUUUGCGUCCUUUUUGAAGCUUGUCUUCAAAAUUUCUCCUUUUGUGCUUCAUGGAAGAAAAUAGUCAUACAGGUUUGGAACGACUUGAGUGUUUCUAAAUGAUGACAAUUUUUUUUCUUUUUUUGGGGGUUAACUAUCCCUUUAACUUUCUCUUCUCUUGUCUCUUUCACUCACUCACUCACUCACACACACACACACACACACACACACACACUUGUUUCGCUAUCCUUGUGGGGACAUUCAUAGGCGUAAUGGUUUUUAUACUGUACUUACUGUAUGUGCUAUUGCCCUACACCAACCCUACACCUAAACCUACCCCUUACAGGAGACUUUCUGCAUUUUUAGAUUUUCAAAAAACUUAAUUCUGUGUGAUUUAUUAGCUUUUUUGCCCAUGAGGACCUCAAUUUAGGUCCCCACCGUGACACGAGUCCCCAUGAGUCUGUGUGUAUUCAGGUUUAAAUCCCCACCUGAAUAGAAAAACAAGUAUACACACACACACACACACAUACACACACACACACACACACACACACACACAUACACACACGGUCUCUCUCAUCCAGCCUCUCCAGCUCUGUCUCUAUAUGUGUGGUUUUCAGUACACCACCACCAUCCCAUCUGCAUCUCUUCCGUCUCAAAUCCAUAUCUAUAUAGUACUAGAGUUGUGGUAUUGGUAUCAUCCAGAUACCACAUAAGUCUCCCAUCCAGGCCAAUCAAUCCUUGAUUUUAUUGCCAUCCAGUGGCCAAGGAGAGAAAAUGAGCAAAUGCUGCCAUUAUGAUGUGGCUAGCAUGAUAGUAACUGCAAGGUCAGUUAAUAUGCGUCUAUGCUUCAUGAUGUCCUUCAUAGCAUGUGUCUUUUUCAUAUCAUUGACAUUUUUAUUUAGCAUAUUUUCCAUUUAUUUUCAUAAGAAUGCAACAAAAAUUCUAUUAUAAAAAGGAAGAUUUAUUUAAGACACGGUCGCUCAGUCGUGCCCCUGAAGAGCUACAUUUCUAAAAGUAAACUAGAUCGAAAACAUCUUCAGGAGAAGGACUAAGCGAUUAAAGAGAUUUUAUUAGCUGCUUGCUGUUUGUGACUGGACUGUAACCCCUCCCCUGCUGUGUGCGCGGUGGUCUUGCUGUUGAAAGAGGGGGGAAGGACGAUAACAGAACUAAAGUUUUAUUAUAAGGCCAGUGAGCCGUAUCAAACCUCUCCAGGUGCCUUCUGCUUCUUUAGCCAGUGUUUACCAAAAAAAAAGAAACAAAUACAAGUAAAAGAACAUAAGACGUAGCAUAGUAGAAAGUGUGCAACACAAUACUGUUCUGCCUCUUUAACAUCUAUAUCUUUGCAAGACUUGGUUCACAAGUUGGGGAAAAUAUACUGCACACGCUCUGCGAAACUUCAGCUAAGUGAGUCAAAGUGAAAGAGAGCCAUUACAAGUGCCUCAUGCGAUAUUCCUUUAUACGAGACAUAGACUUCCCUCAAGCUCAAAAUCAGGACCCAAAGUUUUGAUUUUUUUUCCAUUGUGAUACUUUUUUGCGUUUGUAUGCUUUCCGAUUCAAUAUUUCAGACCCAUUUCAUUGCCCUCGACAUUUCUGAAAAAUCGCAAAAAGGAGAAAACGAAGGCCUGAUUGGUCCUCAUCCCAAGCCCUCCACCAAUCAGCAUCGAGCAUCAUGCGGAAUCUUCAUUUCAGGAUACAAAAAAAAACAAAAAAACAAGAAGAAGAAAAAAGGGCAUUUUGAUACAGGUCUUCUAUGCAUUUUGUAAGACUUACUGAUCAAAAAUUGCGGUAGGAUUUUUCUACCUAAGAUAUGAGAUUCGUAAUUUUGUGUACUGUUAAAAUACACAGGCAGGUUGGAGAAUCGAAACCGAAAAUUUCAAGGAGAUCCGGUGAUAAUCAGACAUGCUGUACCACCAGCUUAUGCAUUGAUCUUUACCUCAGAACUGUCUGAGCAAUAAGUGCUAUCUCUUUCUGUUCUGUGUCAUACCAAGCAAAGCUCUAGGCAAGCUCAUCGGAAAGCUGAGUAAUAGAAAUAUGCACAGUAAAAUCAUCUGUGAUAAAUUAAUUAGGAUAAAAUGCAUCCCUAUAUACAUACAUUUGAUUUCUAAAAAUAAUAUAAUAUUUUAAGUACAUUUGAAUUUUUUUUUUUUUUAAGAUUUUAAAAAUAGAAUCCAAUGUGUUUUAAUUUAUCACUGGAGUUCUUUACUGUGCUGUAACAUAUCAAUAAAUGCUUACAUAGAAGAUCACAUGCGAGUUCCGUUGCCAUACUCAGCCUGUAAGCAUUUAGCAAUUUGCAGUUUGAUCGAUCUUAAGUGUUAACACUUUAAAUCAGGGCUUAUACAUGAGUAUUACACAGCGUUCAGCUGUACAUCUGAGGUGUCAUCUGAAGUUCACUGCUCUCAGAAUCCUCAACCAGCCUGGGUAUUGAUGUUCACUUUGUACCUGAUUAUCCCAUUGGCAUCAGCACGUACUGUACAGAAACUGGGAUGAGCCUUGUAAAUGUUUAGUUUGGGUUUAUUUUUGUGAGGGGGAAGAUUUAGUUUUUUUCCCAAAACAUUAAAACUGUAGCAUUUCCCUUACUGUAGCAGAUCUUAUGAGAAAACAAGCUUAUUGUACAUAAUUAUAGACCCUGGAAAUAUCUUUUUUUUUUUUUUUUUUUGUAUUCUCGAAUCCCCAAAUGUCUCACAUAUCAGAAAUAUACAGCACUGUCGAGUUAUCCUGAGACGUGCAGCAUUUUAAACCGAGGUGCCCACUGGCUUGUCGAGAAGCUUGAUAUAUAAAAUGAUUCUUAGAAUUCAAUCUUGCAUGUCUGUAGUGAGUAUACUAGUUUUAAUAGCACUGGCCCUUACAAUGAAAUUAAAUGUCCCCAUGGCAUGAUACUGUAUUCCACAGCCCAGGAGGCCAAUUGCAAUGUUUUAUAGAACAUCUGUUGCCAGUUUCAAAUUAUUCAAAUUGUGGAAUCUGAUCUGACAGCUUGAUUGCCCCCUAGUGCCCACUGUGGUUUUUGCACACUGUGGCCCUCUUUUAUAUGCCUCUUCAUGACGUCUUCAACAGCAUAUUAAAAGCAAGAUUUAGAGACACAAAGACCUCAAGUAUGUAGUCCACAAAGAUAACAAUUAGCAUGCCCACCCAACAUUUUCCAGCCCCAUAGGUUUCCUUGUACUGGAGACAGUUUAGACCCUUAGGUGUUCAGUAGUCAGAGAUGUAGUCUCAAGGACGAGCCAUACUCUGAGCCAACCGAUAUAUGAAUACAGUGAUGCAAUGUUUUUUUUAUAAUAAUGUCUGCAAGGUUCCUAUCAGUGCAAAUGUGCAAUUUAAAUGCUAAUCAAUGAUGUCAUACUCUUUCCCUCUCCCGAGAGAAAUCCAGAUGGGCGUUUGGCCCUCUGAGUUUGACGCUUUUCAAAUCACAAACGGAGUGUUUCAGCUUUGAAUUUUCAACUUGAAUUUGCUAUAUUGGCCUUGUAAGGAGUCAGCCAUUGUACAGAACAAGAACACUUUUAUUUGUAAAGAGGAAAGAAAAGGAGAUGUUUUUAUAUCUAUAUUCUAGAAAUAUAGGAUAGAAGGCAGCAGGGGUGUAAAGUGCUUGAGCGAUUGUACUUCAUUACUAGAAUUAUUUGAAACUGAAAAUGUACUAAAUCUAUUUUUUAUUACUUUGUAAAAUUUAAUUUAUAUCUUUUAAAAAAAGUGCAUAUUUCCCUGGCCACCAUGACGAAAACCUGAAAGUUGAAAUAUGUCAUAUAAAAUGUAUUUUAUGCAUUGUUGAAGACUAAUAUGACUGAAGUUGGUGAUCAGUUUAUAAACCAGUGUUGUUAUUACUAACUAAAACUAUUAAAAAUGUUUUUAUUAAUUGAAAUAAAACUGAGAUAAAAUAAAAUAUGAAAAUUAGAUGAAAUGUUGCCUUGGCAACUAACCAAAAUAUAAUAAGUUUACUAAAACUAAAACAAAUAUAAAUAAUAAUUAAUAAUUCCAAAACAACUCUGAUAUAAACAAAUAUACUCAUGUGUCAAACAACUAUAUCAUCAGAUUAGGCUUAUUUUAACGAUUAAUUUAAUGACACAAUUUCAGACUGGUUUUAAAGUUGUUGUUUUUUCCUAACAAGUUUUCAAUUCUAGAUUGUUUGUAGUUCGUACAACACGUACAACUUAAAUGAGAAAAUCUCCAGUCUUGUGAUUUCAUCUCGCUUUCAUGUCUCGUCUAUUUCUAAAACUAAGACGUUUACUUUUAAAUACUAAGUACAAUGUGCAAACUUUUGUACUUUAACUUGAGAAAGUUUUUGACUAGAUACGGUAAACCUUUGACACCGUACCCAUACUUCAGUAUAAUUUCUCAAUGCUUUUCACACCCCUGUGUGCUAGACAGCUCGGCCCACGAUAAUGAAAGCAGAGGACAUUCUGUCGUAUAAAGGAAGUAGAGAACCUCUCUUAGGCAGCCGCCCGGUCUGAAUUCUUGCAAUCUCUUUUUCUCUAUUGGUGCUGAUCCUCUAACUGGCUGGCUGCAGUCACUGUUUCGCUUUCCCCCAUUCAGUGCAUACGGAGGUCACCACUUACAAGCCAGCGGAAAGCAGUUAAAACUGUUUCAAGUGUUCAGAUGGGGCUAAAAGAAUCAUUCUGUCAGCUCCUGUGUAAAGGUUGUACUUCCUUUAUAGCAUAAGCGUCCUCUCCUUCAUUUUGACUUAGCAUAGACCAGACUCUCAAGUAUAGAGAAUGAGGAAGCAGGCAGCAGUGUGUUGCAGAUUUUUACCUGCCGGGUCUGAAGCGAGACCUCGAGUAGCCGUUAUUUUAGUGGCGUCCUCUGCAGGGAAGAUGCUGAGUGUGUAAAUAGCAGUCCGUGAGGGGACACCUUGAACACAGAUGUACAGGUUUUUAAUUGUUGCUCUUGAUAUGUAUGAAGAUACUGUAUUGUUUUUGAAUGCAUCAACAGGGAGUUUUGAAUUAUGAAUAAUGACAUGCAGUUACAGAAAUAAACUGAAUAAAACUG